AUGAAGAAGGAGAAAAUAGAAUUGGAUUCUCAGAUAACGUUCGAGAACUUCACCGAACUGUUAAAAAAAGAAGAAUACUUCACGAAGUUGUAUUCUUUAAAAGUGAAACAAAGUGCUUUGGACAUGUUAGAAGAGCACUUGAACAAAGAUCAAUGGCGAAGGUCGAAUUGCUCUUCUUUCACCGAGACCACCUCCAUUGCGUCCACGACUUUGGACUCGAACACUGGCACAACCUCUUGUUAUAUACAGAAAAGGAAGAACGACACCCUCUAUUCAUUAAAUGUGGAAAGUCCAUCUGGUAACGAGACCGUCAAGUUGGAGGUAUACCCGUCCAACAAAAUAUGCGAGCUGCCGAAACAGGAGUGGUGGAGACAUGCAUCGACGAAGGCGAUAUUCACGAUCCCUUCGUGUGUGGAUCCUUUGAAGAUGACUCUGGAUCAAUUACUAGUGCAAGCGGGAAAAUUAAUAAAAAGUCAACCGGGCAACAAAGUCGAAAGAAAGAAAAUAGGUUCCUCGAGUGGUUACGGAAACACCCGUCAAGCCCCUUACUAA